CCAUCCCUUGCAUGAUUUUCAUCGAAAGUUAGUGAAAGAGUCGGAGGAGAGGGAAGGGGGAGAGAGCGAGCCAGGGUUUCUCUCCAGACCCUGCUUUCUUUUCUUGGUCUUUGCCUUGGAGAGAGGAGAGGAUUUCUCACGGUCGGAGGUGGAAAAUGGACUUCUUGAUCUUCAUUUUUGGUAUCCUAGGAAACAUUGUCUCGCUCUUCGUCUUCUUUGCUCCGGUGCCGACAUUUUACCGAAUCUACAAGGAGAAAUCGACCGAGGGUUUCCAAUCAAUACCGUAUUUGGUCGCUCUAUUUAGCUCCAUGCUCUGGCUUUACUACGCAUUCCUCAAAGGACACUCCUUCCUUCUCAUCACCAUUAACUCAUUCGGAUGCGUCAUAGAGAUGGUGUACAUCGCCAUCUACAUUGCUUAUGCGCUGAGAGCUGCCAGGAGCUCCACAAUCAAGCUCUUUGCUCUGAUGAACGUGGGAUUGUUCUCUCUCCUAAUUCUCAUAAUGCACUUCAUUCCAAACGAUGAUGCACGCACCACGGUGUUUGGAUGGAUUUGCACGACGAUUUCCGUGAGCGUCUUUGCAGCGCCAUUAGGCAUUGUGGCACGAGUUGUGCGAACGAAGAGCGUGGAGUUCAUGCCCUUCUCUCUUUCGUUCUUUCUAACAUUGAGCGCCGUCAUGUGGUUCGGCUACGGUUUCUUCCAAAAGGACUGGUGCAUUAUGAUACCGAACAUCGUGGGCUUUGUCUUGGGACUGUCUCAGAUGGUCUUGUACGGAUACUACAGAAACAAAGGGGUCAUCAUCAUCAAGGACGAGAUCAUGGACGAGAAGCUCCCGCAACACGUCGUUCACCCCCCCUCAGGAAGAGCCUCUGUAGUCCACCCCGUCACCGUUGGAAUCCCGCCCCCCAUCAAUGGCGGUGAAGCCCGAGCGGAUGAGCAACAGCCACAGCCAUCACAACUGCCGGAGGGUGCCGUGGAAGUGGUAGUUUCCGGCAAUGACCCGGGGUCUGAUCAGCCAAGUUAAGUUGGCUCAAGCCCAACUUACCAUCGAGCGGGGCUUUAAUUAAGAAUGUGAAGGUUGUGUCGGUCUAUCCUCCUCUCCAUGAUGAUCCUACUUGCUCUAUCGAUAUCUCUCUCUAUCCAUGUUCGGUUGGUGUACAAUUGUAUGAACAAGAAAGUGUUCUGACAAUCUCUUAGAAGUGUAUUCAUUAUUCCAUUUUCUGAUUAAUGAACAAGUUAAUUACUACUACAUUCGAUGAUGC